UGGGUCUCAGACCAGGCCAUCAUUCGAGCUCGAGUGAUUCAUGGUGCCGCACCACCGCUCCAAAGCCGCAGCAACUGGAAAGUCGCGCUCGCCACUUGGCUGCUCCCGGCGAUGAAAAGUACGUUCGGUUCGCGUCCGAAAAGGUGUCAACGUAGUCAGAACGUAGUGGAAAAACCGGAUGCAAAACUAAACUCUGUGCGUGGAUGCAUUUCGUAAUUGGUGGGGUUUCAUGCCCGCAGGAAGCCGGCCCGUCGCAAAUGACCGGAAGUGCCGCGGGGAGCCGAAAUACGGGGCGGGGGAGAGUAGAAAGGGGGGGAGCGAAGCUGUCGGCCCGGCCACGCCUGCGCACAGGUUUCGGCCAAGUUUCGUUGUCGGACAAAAUCGCAAGGCCAGGCUGGUCAGCUAGACAGCUGGCAGCAGGCAGUUUGUUUGGCUGUUUCGCGGAACAAAGCUGGCCAAGUUGUACAUAGAUUUCGAUGAAUGUUUACCAAUAACAAACAAUGGUGUCGGAUUGCAAAUGUUCUGUAUCAAUAAAUAAUUUCCAACGGCUGGCACUGGUGGAAACUAAAUAGGCACCGGGUCCAGAGAGCACCAGUGCAAAUUAUAUUACACAUUUUCCUUCUACCAUCUCGAUAAAAAAUAAAGUAAACCAAAAAGUAAAAGCUGGCCCGGCAGGUCACGUUCUCAAUGGCAAGUGUAUGUGGUGUGUGGGGCUGAUUGUGAGAGAAAUGGUCAGCACUUUGGAUACAUAUUUGCAUAUUGGUGGACAGAGUGCCGUUUCUUUGUGGCGACACGCGUCGCUCUUCGGAUGAGUCACAAUUAAUAAAGGCAGGGCUCCAGGCUGGGCUCAGGCCGGGCACAAGUGCCACAUCCCGGGGUCCACCAAGCUCCUCCUCUGCGUGUGGGCAACCCGUGUGUGUGUGUAUUUGUAUUCAAUUCUUAGCCGCAAAACAGUGGAAACCGCAAAUGACAGACAAGACAACGGCUAGGAAGCUAAAUACAAAAUACGAAAAAAAAAAAAAAAAACAGUCACUCAGACAACCAGACAAGUGCAAAGGGGGCGGUGGGGGCUGGACGGGCGCCCAAAAGUGGGAUUUCGUAAUGCCAUUUAAUGGCAGGCAGCAGGCACACACACUGCACACAACAGCGGCAAACGAAUCUAGAUACUUUAUCCAACAGAUACAGAUACAUAUAGCGUCAUCGGUUGAUUUUCCAUGAGGCGCCAAACGAAGCGUGCAACCAAAAAAGCAAAAAAUAGUAGACAAUAAUAAAAAAAAUAACGAAUAAGGCGAGAGCUGCAGGCACAAUUCAAAUUGUAUUGUUAUUCGACGCGUAUCUGCUGGAUGCACAAACUAAAAAUAUGUCCAGAUACCCAGAUGCAAUACCAUCAAGUGUUGCAUCGAUAGUUCGGCUAUUAAUAGUCCAACACCACAGCGGGUUCGCAGCGGGGGAGGUGUUUAAUUUACGUAGCCGGAUUGAAGACAAUCCGCUCCAGGAAUACCUUUUCAGUAGCAAUUGAGUUUCAUGCGAGCGUGUGUCUCUCACCCGUAAUCAAAGAUAACAUAUUGCAUCCCAUAAGUUGCCUGUGCAUGUGAUCUUAUAAAGUAACAAAAAUAAAAUAAAAAAUGUGUUAUCCACUUUUAACAGCAAACUGUUAAUUUCUAAAGCAAAACGGUGUAUGUGCAGUUGGUGGAUAUGCCAGAUCGGAGAUCCAGAUCGAGAUCCAGACCAGAGGGAAGCCACAAUAAAGCCCGGGCGAGAAAUCAAACGAUCGGCAACACAACAAGCACUCAACGCACAUUAACGCAAAACGCUUCAAAUUAACACUGAACGCUAAAUACAAUAAUACAAAAAAUACAAAAAUAGCAAAAAAACAAAACCCCAAAAGCCAUGGAUACAAAGCCAACUACUAAACGGGCCGAAAUUGAACAGUUUCUGUUGGAUGUACGCGCCCAUUUCCGAGCCUCGCUGGAGACCUCGGAGUACGAGAACGCCUCGAAUCUCUUCCAUGUGACGGCCGCGGAGCAAACCGCCGCUCUUCUGGCCCGCUGUGAAAUGCUUCUGGCAUCGGGAUCUGGAUAUGGUUGCGCCACAGACGAGCAGGCGGCAUCCAAGCAGCUAAGUAGCCUGGUGGACUGCGUCGACAGCAAGGUGGGCGCGGAUACCGGUCCCACUGGCCCCAGCUACCUGCCGAUGUUAACCUCCCCGUCCUCCUCGAAGAACUCUCUGUCCGCAUCACGAGAAUACAUAGAUCUAGGGAGCAGUGGCUCACUGGACCGCUGCUCCACCGGCCAACCGGUUAUGGGAUCAGCCGAAAAGGAGCAGCACCAACUCUACGAGAUCUGCCAGAGCCAAGAUAUGAGAUUGGGUCAGGACGAAGACGAGGCCCAGCAGGUUAUAACAUUCACCCAUGAGCUAAUCCUCGAUUGCCCGUAUGCGGAUCUUCCGGCCGGACACCUUUCCCUGCAGCGUUCCACCAAGUACGGGCAGCUGCAGAGGAUCGUGCCCAAGCGACUGUUCUUCGAUCAGACCCGCAAGUGCUAUUGUGGAAUCCUCAAUGACUGGAUGCUCUGCUAUGCGGACGGACCGACUGCAUGCAGGCCUAGUAGCACUCUCUAUCUGAAGUGCUCCUCCAUCGAGAUCGAGCACUUCGGGGAAGGCAAGCGACGGGAUAUCUGCUUCCAAAUAACCACCGAUGACCCCAAUAAAAAGUUUGUCUAUCAGGCCAACAACGAGGUCGAUGCCAAAGAGUGGAUUCACGCCAUCGAGGCGGCCAUCCGCGGAGAUGCCGGGGCGCAUACUCCAUUAAAGCUUCCGCCACCCCGGAAGCUGCCCACACCUCCCGUUCAGAAGAAGGCUGGCUACACACCAGCAGAUAUUAUUUACGAGGAGCCCUCUCCGAUCUAUGGGUUGAUGGACUCGUCGUCGGCAAUGGUGCUGCCCAAGCUGCCGGAAAAAACCAAUAGUCCCAGCGCCCUGGCACGUCAAUUUGAGUACGAUGUACCCAAGUGUCCGGCUCAGCCGCUGGAGGAAACCAAUGGUUCUGGCGCAGUUGAAGGAGAGUCCUUAGGACUGCUCAACCUAGAUCAGGGCGAGCAGGUGAAGGUGCAACCGCUACCGUCCAGCCUGCACGGCAAUUUGUCGCUGGACUUUCAGGCCAAAGUCAAGACGGUCCACAGCGAGCUGUCGAACCAGCUGUCCCCGGGAGGACCCAGUCCGGAUCGCUUAAAAAAGGCUGUGAAGAAGAGCUACUCCAACGGCAGUGGCAGCGAACCGGAGAUGCUCUCUCCGCUAACCAGCCCCACCCACACGCCCACCAAGGAGCAGAAAAAGCAGCGCAAGGACAGCAAGGACUGCGACAAGCUGGCCAGGAACUGGUUCCUGAGUCGUCUUAACAAGAGCACUGGAAUAAAGGUCACCAAUUCGGGCAGUGGAUCGCCAGCAAAUGGGAAAUGCAAGCAAAGCGAGAAGGAGAACCUACUGACUGAUCCCGAUCCAGGCGAGUGCUACGAACCGGACAGUUCUCCUGGCGAUCGAGAUGGCGGUCUGUCCGGCAGCCACCCCACAUCACCCUGCCUCAAGGCGGAGGCCCAGAGCAAAGUCAACAGGAUCAUCAACCAGUUCGAGAGCAGCGGCCACCUGUCCACCAUGUUCAGCGUGGAGGCACUGGCCGCCAAUGCACUUGCCUCGCUCACCUCCUUUUGCGAUGGCGACGGGUGCAACAACUACGAACCAAUCAUGCCCCUGGCGACCACGCCCAGCAGCUUCCUGAAGAAGGUCUAGGACAAGACUCUCAUCCAACAUGACGUCCGGCGUCUCUGUAUUGUAGAUUUAGUUCUUAGGCUAGUGAAAACCACUCUCCGGAUGUGACAUCAACUUUGACAUAAAAUUUUAAUAUCAAAACAA